AUGAAAUUCCUCGUUGUCUUCUCCUGCGUUCUGGCCGUGGCUUUCGCCAAGCCCGGAUACCUCGGCUACGCCGCUAUCCUCCCCGGUGCACCCCUUGGCGCCGACGGCCGCGUCGUCGACACCGCCGAGGUGAGCCUGGCCAAGGCCGAGCACGCCGCCGCCCACAUCAACGAGAAGCUCACCCUGAACAAGGAAGCCCUCCGCUCUACCGACUACCUUGUCGCCGCCGCUCCUCUGGCCUACGCCGCACCAGCUGCUCCCCUCGCCUACGCCUCUGCCCCAGCCUACGCCGCUUCCCUGGCUUACGCUCACGCCCCAGCUGCCACCAUCCUCGCCGCUGACGGCCGUCCCCUGGACACCGCCGAGGUCGCCAUCGCCAAGGCCUCCCACGCCGCUGCUCACCUCAACGAGAGACUCAUCCACGCCCACGAGGCCACCAGGAACCUCGCCUACUACUAGACGAUCACCCAGAGGCUAUGCGUCCCCCGUUAUAUACUUAGAAGUUAAGAAGUGUGAAUGCCGCCGUGUCCAGUCAAUAUACAGUUCACCUCAUGGAGAGAAAUAGAUCUGAUGUCUGCAGUUAUGAUGACCACAAGUACUCGCCGAGGCUCCAUUGUAUUAUACAUAUGGAUCCGGGCGAGGAAGUUCAGAUUAUUACUACGUCGAUUGCUCGAAGUGUUACCUGAUUGUUUUUCUACUUUUCUACUACUGCUAUACUGACAGAGGAUGAGUGCGAAUGAUGCAAUUUUGACUGUUGGAUUGUUCAUAGCCCAUGUGACCGAGGACGAAGAAGAAAUUGAUACAACGGGUUGAGGAGGUGGUGGAGAGAGAUUUAAAUACAUGCGAGAAUAAUUCAAAUCAUAA